AUGCUGAACCUCAUCAGCAUGGGCGUUUGGGCUCUUCAGGGUAUCAUGGCUAUCGUUGUCCUCGGGCUAUCUAUCGACCUCGUCAAGGGACAGAAGAUUGGCGACGCUCCCACGACUACCAAAUACAGCACAUUUACUGGCGGCUUUGGAUUAGCCGUCGCCGUGCUGGGCUUGGUAGCUGUUUUCAUAGACGCCAUUCCGGCUCUCGUAGUGAUGGCCGCGGACGCCUUGAGUGGGGUCUUACUCCUCGGCGGUGGUAUAGCUUUCGCAAUUGGGUUACACGGUGUUGCAUGUGACGAAAAGCAUUGGAAAGCCAUUGGGAACAACGAUAUCAUCAACGGUGGAAAAUUCAAGCAGGAUGGACAGUGGUACUUGGCACCUGGCAUGACCGAAAGUGUCUUGUUAGAGAGGUGCAGGAAGGCAACCGCAGACCAGGCUAUGCAGUUUGUGACGUUCGGGUUCGCGCUGACGACUAUUGUCCUCAUAUUCCUGGUCUGGAAGAAUGGUCGCGGAGGUCGAGGCACCAACUACGUCUGA